AUGCUCCUCCUAAACAUGCUUUGGUAUCUACCGGAAGUGCUUCGGUGGCUACCGUUCGGCAUCUUUGUAUUCUUCCUCAGCAUUGCCGUACUCCUCCUCACCAAGUGUUACGCGUUCGUCGCCGGAGUAUUGACUUUUGCCGGAAAGGGGGUUAUUCUUCUCUACAAGAUUGGUGUAAUGGUCUACUAUGUGCUACAAUGGCUCUAUACUAUCAUCGGGCCCCUAGUGUGUCGCGUCAUUGCCGCCUCCCCGGGCAUAACCCGUUCGGCGAUCGCAUUCGUACAGCCCUGCUUCCGGAGGGCCUGGCAUUGGGGUUAUCAGUUCCUGGACCUGCCGAACAUUACCAUGGUCUGGACGUUGGACGCUAUCAAGACCUGGCUGUUCCCAGUACCUAGUCUCACGGGCAACGGCGGUAGUGACAGCAAGUAUUGCGCUGCCAUCACGGCCAAAGGUAACCGCUGUCGGCGUCCCGGGCUGGCGAGCGAAGCGGGCAAUCUUUGGUACUGCUACCAGCAUAAACAACAGGGCGUGUACGCCGCUGCUGCGGGAAAGUUGAAAGUCUGCUGA